AAGGCGGUGCGUCGGCGUUGAGGAUGGAGGCACCCUUGGUAAGCCUGGAGGAGGAGUUUGAGGAAGGACCCGGGGACGAUGGGGGGACCCCGCAACGCACCGCGGACCCGGCGCUGGCUGAACUGGAGAGCUUCUCGGCCGAGAUGAUGAGCUUCAAGUCGAUGGAGGACCUGGUGCAGGAGUUCGACGAGAAGCUCACCGUCUGCUUCCGCAACUACGAUGCUGCAACCGAGGGUCUGGCCCCCGUGCGGGGGCGUCUCCAGGCGCAGGAGGAAGAGGAGCGCCUCCAGGAUGAGGAGGUCUGGGAUGCUCUCACCGAUGGCUUCGCCCCCCGGGGCUCCCCCCGACCCUGGCUGCUCCCUGGUCCACCCAGCCUGUCUCUCCUGCAGCUCUGCGAGAAGGAGGAGGAGGAGGAGGAGCUCACUGAGAGGAGUGAGCAAGACUCGGGCAUCAACGAGGAGCCGCUGCUGACAGCUGAGCAGGUCAUCGAGGAGCUGGAGGAGCUGAUGCAGAGUUCGCCUGACCCCGAAGCUGACGCUGAGGGUGAUGAGGACGAGGAGGAGGAGGACGAGGAAGAAACCGAGGCCGAUGUGGAAGGCGAAGGCGGUGGUGGAGGCACAGAGCCCAUCCUUCUGCAUGAGCUGCGUGCUUUCUCCCCCGCCUUCAACAACAACUGCUCCCAUGAAG